GUCUUGGGUUUGAAGCUACACUGUUGGGAAGAGGUAUUUUUUCCGGUUAAGGCCGAUUUCGGGAAUCGGGUUAGGACCCGCCUGAUUUUUCCUUUCCAAGUGUCCUGCUUGCUUGUCCUGUGUGCGUGGCCCAGUGACCGGAUUGGGCUGCUCUCAAAGGGGCGUAGAUACCCCGUCCCCAAGAACCACCCAAUGUCUCUAAAGGAUUGGGAGGGAGGUUCUACCUUCUGCUCUCUGGGCAUGGCACCAGUUGGUGGGGGAGGGGUGCCUGGCUGAUCCUCUACCCAGAAAUGCCUGCGGGAGAGGGGCAGGAACAGCCUACUCUCUUCCAGACAAUUCCUCUCUUCCUACAGGCGCCAGCAACUCCAGAGAAUUGCUCGCUGCUUCUCAGUUACUUGUGCAUCCUUCACUGUGUAUGGAGCACUGACCUGCCCAGCUCCGUUAAGAUGCUCUUGUCCUCACCCACUACACCAUCGAGGGGACGAACCCCUAGCGCCGUGGAAAGACUGGAGGCUGACAAAGCCAAGUACGUCAAGACGCACCAGGUGAUAGUACGUCGUCAGGAGCCAGCCCUGCGCGGGGGAUCAGGACCACUGACACCACACCCCUGCAAUGAGCUGGGGGCCUCUGCCUCGCCCAGAACGCCUGGGCCUGCUCGCCGGGGUAGCGGCAGGCGACAGCCAAGACCUGACUCCCUUAUCUUCUACCGCCAGAAGCGGGACUGCAAGGCUUCAGUGAACAAAGAGAACGCCAAGGGCCAGGGGCUAGUACGGCGCCUCUUCCUGGGCGCUACCCGGGACGCAGCUCCGAGCAGCCCUGCCCCUACAGAGAGACCUGGGGCUCCCGCGGGGUGGGCUGGGUCCCCAGAUUCUCCGGAGGCGACAGGGAAGCGCGCAUUGUGUCCCACAUGCUCGCUGCCACUGUCAGAGAAGGAGCGAUUCUUCAACUACUGCGGCUUGGAGCGCGCGCUGGUGGAGGUGCUGGGCGCCGAGCGCUUCUCUCCGCAGAGCUGGGGCGCAGAGCACAGCCCUCAGGUUGCAACGUCGCCGCCGCCAGGCUCCGGGGACACCAGCGAUUGGACAUCCAGCGACAGGGACGCGGGUAGCCCGGACUGUGCGGGCGGCGGCGGGGGCUCGGAGGCGGCGGGGUCGGCGCGGGACGGACGCCCCACGGUGUCGGUGGUGGAACGCAACGCGCGCGUCAUCCAGUGGUUGUAUGGCUGCCAGCGCGCGCGCGCCCCGCCGCGCGAGUCCGAGGUGUGACCACCACCACACCGGAGGACGGCUUCCGGAGAGCUCGCCUCGUCCGUGAACAAACCCUUCCCCUGGUUCUUAGGCUCCCCGAUCUGCUCGCUGAACAGGCGGGACCACAGGGGCCAGGCAAGCACUGUGGAAACGGGUAGAGUGGCCACGUGUCCUCUCUAGAUGCUAAAUGUGAACAGUGAUGGACUUGGGGUGGGAGAUGAGCGAACUACUGAAUAAAGCUAAAAUGUUAUUUACUAAAA